UUGUGGAUUUCACAGCAAAACUCACGUGUUAGAAGACUGACAAAACUUUUAUAUAACUUAAGAAUUCAGUCACAUUAACUUAUUCAGUGCUAUAAAAGAUACCAAGGAUUAUUUACGGUGACGUCUCCACGUUGCGUCAUACCGUAAAAGUGCAUAUAAGUGAUUGCGGAAUACGCUUGCGGUCAGACAAAGCAACGCAUCCACUUCGGUGUUAUUGGAAAAGUGACCCUAUAAACAAGUCGUUAACAGUCAUUCACAUGAAUUAACAAUAAACAAAGGAAAAACAUCGACUCAGUUCGCGUUGAAGUUGUUCAGAAUAACGAUUAGUUAGGCCUUUGCCUACAGCCAAGAAACAUGUCACUGAUCCAUGACAGGCUACUUUCAGGGGUCCCCAACAUUUCGGAAUAUGCUGAUUCCAGAAUCGAGAAUUACCCCUUGAUGGGUUCUCCGCUCCAAAUCACAAUCAUACUGGCAUCCUACGCACUAUUUGUCAUGAAGACAGGACCAGCUUUCAUGAAAAAUCGACAACCCAUGAAGUUGGAUCACGUUAUUAUGGUAUACAACUGGGUUCAAAUAAUUCUGAACACUGCAGUGUUUCUCAUUGCGUUGAAAGAAUGGAACAAUUUUAGCAUCGGGUGUUCUCCGAUGGAUCAAAGCCAGAGUCGUGCAGCUAUAAGGAUAAUGCAACUGCAGUACAGCUACACGUUGCUGAAAUUCCUGGAUCUUCUGGAUACGGUUUUCUUCGUUCUCCGGAAGAAGGACAACCAGGUUACUUUUCUUCACGUGUAUCAUCAUCUGUUGAUGGCUGGUUUUGGGUGGGUUGUGUGCAAGUUCUUCGUGGGUGGCCAGAUUUAUUAUGUGGGGAUUGCGAAUUUACCGGUACAUUCGGUGAUGUACUUUUACUACUUUCUGACGGCGUGGGAUUCCUCGUACAAACGGAGUAUUUGGUGGAAGAAACAUCUAACGCAGUUUCAAAUUGUUCAGCAUUUCUUUAUUUUUACGGUAUUUAUAAUACCGUUUUUGAAUCCCAAUUGUUCGUAUCCAAAGUGGUUGCUGGGGGUCUAUUUGAUUAAUUCACUCAUGAUGAUUUACUUGUUUUCAAAAUUUUACGUGGAGAGUUACAUCAGGAAGAAGGAAAAAGCACAGUGAUAGUGCAUUGGAUUGUGGUGAUUUAUUUAUUAUUUACGAUAUACAUCUGUACAUUCUUAGUUGUUCAAUAAAAAAAUAAGCAUUA